GUGGCAGACCAGGCGGGCUUGGAGGAUGACGCACUGGCCGAGGAGGAGCUGAUGGACGGGGCCGGGGAGGCGAGGACCUGGACCCCCCAGGAGAAGUCUUUGCACGAGGCCCGGCUGAAGGCCAAGGCGAAGCGCCGGCUGAGGCGCACGUCCUCUCGCGACUCCUCGGAAAGCGGGGAGCCCGGCCCGGAUCCGAGCAGCCCCAAGGGGAAGAAUCACGACCGCAAGUCCCGCAUGGGCAGAGGGCGGGGCCUCCCCAAGAAAGGUGGCGCGGGGGGCAAAGGUGUUUGGGGAGCGCCAGGUGUGGUGUACAGCUACCAGGAGCCGGAUGCGCGGGAUCCCAACUAUGACGAGGCGGCCCAGGGCGACACGGUCUACGCGACGGUGGUUCCUGAGCUGGAAGCUGGGGAGCUGGAGAAGACGGUGCAGCCGAUGGUGCUGGAAUACUUUGAGCACGGGGACACCCUGGAGGUGGUGGAGCUGCUUCGGGAGCUGAACUUGGGGGGCCAGAAGGCUGCCGUCUCCUCCCUGGCCGUGGCCUUGUCUCUGGAGGGGAAAGCCAGCCACCGGGAGCUGACCUCGCGCCUCCUCUCGGACCUGGUCGGGAAGGUGCUGGGCCCCGAAGACAUCGCUGCUGCUUUUGAUGGGAUGCUGCACGACCUCCCAGACCUCAUCCUGGACACGCCAGAGGCCCCGCAGAUGCUGGGGCAGUUCAUCGCCCGGGCCGUGGCCGACCACGCGCUGCCACUCGACUUCCUUGAGCGCUACAAAGGGCGUGUCGACUGUGAGCAUGCUCGGGCUGCUCUGGAUCGGGCGGCUGUCCUGUUGCGCAUCAAGCGAGACGUCAACCGCUUGGACAACGUGUGGGGCGUAGGGGGCGGCCAGAGGCCCGUCAAGCAUCUUAUCAAGGAGAUGAACCUCUUGCUCCGGGAGUACCUGCUUUCGGGAGAAGUUUCGGAAGCAGAGCAUUGCCUGCGCCAACUGGAGGUCCCCCACUUCCACCACGAGCUGGUCUACGAGGCUGUGGUGAUGGUCCUGGAGUCUUCGGGGGACACGGCCGUCGCCAUGAUGGUGAAGUUGCUGAAGGUGCUGUGGGAGACGGGCCUGAUCACCCUGGACCAGAUGAACCGGGGUUUUCAGCGUGUGUACGAUGAGCUAGGGGACAUCAGCCUGGAUGUGCCGCUGGCCCACAGCAUCUUGGAGCGGCUGGUGGACCUCUGCUUUGAGGAGGGCGUCAUCACCAAACAGCUGAGGGACGCCUGCCCCACCCGGGGCCGGAAGCGUUUUGUCAGCGAGGGAGACGGUGGUCAAAUUAAGCAGUAACCAGAUUCUUGCCGCCCUGCCCUCUGCCCCCCCCAACCCCCACAAGAGCUUUAUUGAAGACCCCCCAACAGGCGCCGGAGAUGGGGCUGGCCUGCCAGGCAGGGAGCUGAGCCACUCACCCUCUUGUGUGGCUGGGGAAGGGCAAGUGAAGUGGGGAGAGGGAGAGUUUCUCCCCAGGCCACUGCUGCCCCAUCUCCAGCCUUGCUGGUACCCCCACAUGCAUCUCAGGGAGUGACGGGGCGGGGCUUAGAGUUCCACACCAGCUGGAGUGGAGCAGGAAUCGGGGCCUCCCCCUGGCCCUGCAGGGCUGCAAAGCAUCAAACACCCCACCCCAGCACAGGCAUCCACUGCUUGCUGCAGCUGCCCACCCCCCCGCGCGCUUCCCUCGCACACAAGCUUCCACCUGCUUAUAAUCCUACCUUGUGUUGCAGGGCAUUGGCAGGCUUUGAACCUUGGGCUGUGAGGUGCUGACCUGGGAGGCAGAGCACUGUACCUCCGUGCGGGGGCCAGGGAGGAGAACAUCUCUGGGCAAAUCUGAUUAUCCAUUUUCCGGCACGGGGGGGGGAUGGAGAGUCAAGGGGGUGCCGGCUAGAGCUGGGAGAUCAUUGGGCCAGGAAGAGAGUUGCAUCCAGCUGCUGAUAUCCUGGUGGUGAAGGUGAUGGGGACGGGUGACUCGCAUGGGGAAAAAAAGGAAAAUAAAAGAUGUACUCAAAAGGCCA